AUGGCAUAUAGAUCCCGGCCCGGGCCCAUAGGGUCAAGCUGCUUAACCUGCAAGCGAAGACACAAGAAGUGUGACCUACGCCAACCCGUUUGCAAAAGAUGUGAAGUAGGCCGGUUUAAAUGUGAGGGAUAUGAACACAACAAGAGGGGAGCGGCGCGCAAUGCCCGAUUGGAUAGCUCACGUCCAUCCGAGGGAUUCCAGGGCGAAGACUUUUCUCAGCCCACAUCCUCAAAGGGUCGGUCGAAUAGAGAAACCUCUGAGAACUCCUUGUUUGCUGGAGAGCGGUCCGAGGGCACGACGAGCUCUUCAUCUCCUGAAUCUUUUGCUUCCCCAGAAAUGAAUAAUGAAAGAGAAUAUAAAGGACCACCAGGAAAUACUAAUAGUUCUGCCCUCGUGAACAAGCGAGGAAACCAUAUUGAGGAUUACCUUCGCCUGUUGAUCUCACGCUCGACUUCCGACCCAUCCAUCAAUCCGUUAUCGAUAAUUCGCAAAAUAAUCAACCUUCAGGGCCAGCUACCCUACUCUCCCAUAGAUUCAACAAGCCCAUUCUUGAGUUAUCCGUGGUUUGUGGAUUAUGUUUUGGAACGAUCUGACAGAUAUAUGGAUGAGUGGUAUUUCAGACCUAUCAACUUUCCAAGAAAACGUACUCGGACAGACAUGGUUCUGCGCUUGCAAACUUCACCCAUUACUCGCUGGGUCUCCCUCAUUAGUAUGAGCAUCAUGGAAGCUUCCGUCGCUGGUGAUGCGUCACAACACUCGGUUCAUAGUACUUGGCUUGGGCGCGUUGAAGGCUGCUUGAGGCGUGAAUUGUCAUGCGACCUUACCCCACGCAAGACACAAGAGCGGCGCAAUGAAUGGAUCUAUGUUGCAAUGAUGAAGAGUAUGAUUGCCCAUACCUCAAAUACCUAUCAAGUGCUACGAAACAUGACACCCAUAUUCCUGCAAUCAGUGUUCUCUGAGCCGAAAUUUUGGUCAAAGGACUGCGACCCCGCUUUUCAUAUUUCGCCAUCUUGGAUUGCACUUAUGCAAUGGCUACUGGACUCCCUCAGCAAUCGACCAAAUGCUUCUUCUUCUCACCAGUGGUCGCUCACCUCUCCAUCCGAUUUUCAACUGGUUCUCGCCGAUAUCAAUGCUUGCCGGGAUAUGUCACAUGCCGCGCAUGAUUGGAAAGAUAUAGAACGUCGACUAUUGACAUGGCAAUCCCAGCCAGCAGAGUAUGAGUUUACCAAACCAUGGAUGAAGAUGGCCUGGUACGCAGUACAAGAGAGCUGGCGACUUGCACUAUUGAUCUAUCUGUACAUGGCUGUAUGCGGCACCCCUUCCCAUGACCCGCGCAUACAAUCAUAUGUCCACCAGUUACUUCAAGUUGUUGGGACAAUCAAGAAACAGGAUUCUUCCAACGCAAGGUUGUCCCUAUUUGUUCAGUACCUGAUGAUUGGAAUAUGUGCACGCAGUGAAGAUCAUCGCAAGAUAGUGCGGGAAAAGCUGUCGACAUGCAAUAAUAAUAAGAUUUGGAUUCUACGGGCACCUGACUUUAUACCAGUUUUAGAGCACCUGUGGUACGGGGGAACAGCGGAUGACCGCCCCAUUUACUGGAUUGAUUAUGUGCUUUCACGGGAAACGAUGCUUCCCAUUGAAUUAUAA